AAAACAGCUGUAUGGGAAAAUGGAAUAAACAUUAUGUUCAAUCAUUUUUCUUUUCACACUAUAACUAGAUAUAUUAUUUAAAACAGUUAGGAAAUAAUAUAAUCGCGGGUCAAGUCGGGACUCCUCACCAUGGCAGCUGAGGAGGAGAGGGGUGUAGUUCGUGUCAGAGUCAAGAAGUCUGAGGGGAUGUUGCCGACAGAGUUCCGGUCCUUCGCAGUCGACCCCCAGAUAACAUCGCUGGAGGUUCUGCAGCACAUCCUCGUCCGAGCCUUCGAGUUAAACGGGAAGCGUACUUUUGGCAUCAGCUACCUGUCCCGGGACCGCGGGGGCGUUGAGGUGUACCUGUCACUCCUCUCUGACUGGGACUUGGACGCAGCGUUUGUCAGCGCAGCCAAACCCUACCUGCAGCUGAAGAUCGACAUCAAACCCUCUGAAGACAGCCCGGUGCUGGAGGACUGGGACAUAAUCAGCCCUAAAGAUGUGAUCAGCUCGGACCUGCUGCCCGGAGAGAAACGCUCUCUGGCCGCCGCUGCCCUUCCCUUCACACAGUCACUUCUGUCCCAGGUGGGGCGGACGCUCUCCAAGGUGCAGCAGGCCCUUAGCUGGACUUACGGUGAGGAGGUGAAGCCGUUCAAACCCCCCCUGAGCGACACAGAGUUCCACAGCUACCUGAACGGACAGGGCCAGCUGACCCGCCCAGAGGAGCUACGCUUGCGUAUCUACCACGGAGGGGUGGAGCCCUCUCUGCGCAAGGUGGUGUGGCGGUACCUGCUGAACGUGUACCCCGAUGGGCUGACGGGCCAGGAGCGGAUGGACUACAUGAAGAGGAAGACCAGGGAGUACGACCGGCUGAAGGCGGAGUGGACGGCGCGGUCCAGCCCGGAGGACCUGGAGUUCAUCAGGGGGAACGUGCUGAAGGACGUCCUGCGCACCGACCGCGCCCACCCCUACUACGCCGGGUCCGAGGACAGCCCCCACCUGAGCGCGCUCACCGACCUGCUCACCACCUACGCCAUCACACACCCGCAGGUGUCGUACUGCCAGGGCAUGAGCGACAUCGCCUCGCCGAUCCUGGCGGUGAUGGACAACGAGGCCCACGCCUUCAUCUGUUUCUGCGGCAUCAUGAAGCGGCUGGAGGGCAACUUCCGGCCCGACGGCCAGCUCAUGUCCGUCAAGUUCCAGCACCUGAAGCUCCUGCUGCGGUACUCGGACCCGGAGUUCUACGCCUAUCUGGUGUCCCGCGGCGCCGACGACCUCUUCUUCUGCUACCGCUGGAUCCUGCUGGAGCUGAAGCGCGAGUUUGCCUUCGAGGACGCGCUGCGCAUGCUGGAGGUCACCUGGAGCUCCCUGCCCCCGGACCCGCCCGAGACCGAGGUGGAGCUGCUGGGGCCGGCCCAGGAGGCCGAGAAGGAGGGGGGCGGGGCGGGGGCGGAGCCCGGCGCCGGGCUGGGGGCGGGGCCGGGACCGGGAGAGCAGAAGGCCAGGCAGCGAAGGCGGCACAUGCUGAGGCCGUCGCGGGAAGAGGAGGACUGGGGGAGGGGGGCGGGCGUGGGCCAGGAGGAGGAGGUGGCGGCUGCCAAGGACCAGCCCAGAGAGGAGGGGGAAGGGGAGGGGGAGGGGGGGCGCGAAGCUGGCGAUUCGGGAGGAGGAGGAGGAGGUGGAGGGGGCGAUGGGAGGUGCGAAGGGUUCAAAGUCAACCCCUUCGCCAAGCAGGGCAGUUUCGGCGAGUUCAAGUACUACAGCGCCCACAAUGGGGACAGCUUCGAUCUGGAGGAGCAGGAGCCUCCUCUCCAGUACCCCUCUCGCACCGUUGCAAGCCCACCGCCCCCGCCCCCGCCCCCGCGGCAGCCUACGGAGGAGAGCGAGGAAGACCAGGGGGAGGAAGACCCACUGAUAAAGGCAGAGGACACGCCUCCUCCCCCUGCGGUCUGUGGGAGACCGUCCCCAAAUGGGCAGACGGCCUCGCCUCUCUCCCCGCUUCCCCCCUGCCUCCCCAACUGGAAAAGCAGCUCUGCAGUGUCCCCCGCCUCUGUGACCAGCUGGAGGGCACCAGCCUUGGCCACGGCCAAGCCGGCAACCUCUUUCUCCUUCCUCAACGGGAGGGCGGAGUCUCCAGCCACGCCUUCGCCUACGCCCCCCACCACCGCAAGGCAGGUCUCUUCCCCAUUCGCACCCAGUGAAAUGGGGGCCACGCCCACGUCCCCGGCCACGCCCACAGGCAAGCCCUCCCUUUCCUCUCCGUCCUUUUGCCCCGCCCCCAGCCGCUCCCUCCUCUCCUCCCCCAUCCUUUCCUUCGGCAGAGCCUCCUCCUCCUCCUCCUCCCCCGUUAAACCCCCGCUCCCCGGAAACCUGCCCUCCCCCGGGGCCAGACCCCCCUCGGCCGGCUCCUCCAGCCUGGACGGCGUGAAGCCGGCGUCCCUGCCGCCCCCCCAGGAGUUUGGGAAGGGGAACCCCUUCAUGCUGUUCCUGUGCCUGUCCAUCCUGCUGGAGCACCGCGACCACAUCGUGAAGAACAGCCUGGACUACAACGAGCUGGCCAUGCACUUCGACCGGCUGGUGCGCCGGCACAACCUGGCCCGCGUGCUGCAGCGCGCCAAGGCCCUGUUCGCAGACUACCUGCAGAGCGAGGUCUGGGACUCUGAGGAAGGGGACGAGGUCAGCUCCGACUCCCCCACCGCCGCCAACACCCCCACCACCGGCCCCCCCUCGCCACCGGCCCCGUCCUCCCCGGAGUCCACCUCCCCAAAUUCCACCUACAACCUGGCAACCACCAUUCCUUCACUCGGCGCAUCCCCCAACCUGGCAACCGCCAGCUCCUCACUGCCGCCCUCUCCCAACCUGGCAACCGCUAUCCGCUCGCUGCCUACGUCCCCUCUGUCCCCUGCUGCCUCCUGACCUUUCCUGUGUUUGCUUGUCUCUCACACACACGUGCGCGCACACGCAGACACACACACACAUGCAUAUACACUCAUGGACACACUCUGACGGCUAUGUGAUUCUAUUUUUACUCUAUUUAUUACCUUUUCUUGUGAGUAUAUCUUCCAUUCUUAUGUUACCUUGUGUCAACUUUUCGUGCUUUUUAUUUAUUUCCCAGGCCCUUAUAAAUAUGAUCAGGGGUCCACAACCCUGGUCCUUCAGUGUCACAGGGCCUGCUGGGGUUCCCAACCUCUGUCCUGGAGAGUCACAGAACCAACUGGUUACAGUUUUCACCCUAAAAUCAGCAGCUAUUUCAGACGCAGGAAACCAGGAAGGAGGCAAGUUAACUGUAAUCAGACUGUUUUAGCUGAUUAUGUCCUGAGUAACAACCAAAGCCAGCAGACCCUGCGGCUGCCCAAUACCAGGGUUGAGGAGCCCCCCCCCUUUCUCUUGAACCGGGGUAAAUUUCAUGCUCCAUUCCAUCUUUCAUCCUCCCCAAGGUCCUGAGGGUUCAGUCUGAACACAGCAAUGGAGGCCUUGCCUUCAGCCUUGAAUGGUUCUCUCUUCUGUCUCUGCUUCUCACAAAAUUAGAACAUGAACUUCUCAACAGCAUGUGGGGGCAUGAGAGCUGAGAGAAAGUCUAUGCCGCUGGGCUUGUAAGCGACACGGGAAAGCUGCUGCUUGACCAAGACAUUUCUGUGCGAUACUGCAACAGUUACUCUACAAAGGUAUUCAAGAAAUCAUAUAAUGUUAGCUGGCUAACAUUAGAGGAUAAUAUAAGAAUAAUAUUACAAUUGACGGUAAAUCAUGUGGAGUAUUUUAAACCAAUGAGCUACUCUUCGGUGGAGGUCAACAGCACAUAGAAAAGGCAAGUGAGACUUUACAGGGUUCUGAAUACGCAAUUACAAUGAAGGGAAAAUCAACACUAGAGUAAUAUUCUUCAUAAGGAUGGUUCUUAUCUGUGUGAAAUUCAUAUGGGUCUAGCUGUCAUGCCUGCAUUUUCCGUUUUACUUUUAAGAUGACAAUCAUUCCAUGUCACAGGUGGAUUACACAAGUUUUUGUUCAGUUACAAGUAGACAGGCUCUGCUUUUUCCUUUGUGUUUUGUACAUAUUUGUGGGGAAACCUCUUUGAAACGUCCGGCUUUCAGAACAGAAACGGAACCUGUUCUUUCAAGAGACAUUGAAAAGUGUAUGGUUGGCAGUCUGCAGGCUCUUAUUUGGGUAUAGACAUCAGUUUACAGCAGUGAUUCUCAGCUCUGCAGGUUUUGUUGUUUUUUCUUUAAAGUUCAGACCCAAGAAACCAGGUGAGGUUUCUGUGUAAUUAACUGCUGAGUAACAAUGAAAACCAUUUAUUUCUGGUAAAAUCUGUCAGUCACUGUUCCACAGGGAUUUAUAUUUUACUGAAGGAAAUAGAAAUAACACAUUAUAAAUGGUUUGAAUUUCACUUUUAAGAUACACUGAUAUCUCAUCUUUUUAACUGAUUUUGUGCCAUUUAACACAAAUGCCCUUUGUGUGCUCCCAUUUUGCGUUAUUAAAGUGCCUCAUUACUGUAUGUCCAUUUAAACCAUAAAUCUGUCUCGUUUUUCCAAAUUGAAUUGGAGAGGGUGUUUUGUCUAAUCAUAAUUUUACCAUUUGCACAGGUCAAAGUUUCUGCAUGACUCAUUUUCUCCCUCUCCCAUUAACCAGAAAGGGUUUCCUGCUUCCAUUAGAAAACCAGCAUGGAUCACUAGACUGGGAGUUUUGAUGCCAUUUUAACACAAUGAGCCCUUUCCAGUAUUCUCUUUGAAAAAUACGUAAUGGAUCAUUGUUUUAUACUGUAUAAAAUAAUAGUGACUUUCUACAGUGAUAGUGCUCUUCAGCACCACAGAAGGCAUUCUAACCUGGGAAAAAUGUUUAUUGCCUCAUCUAAUUUUCUGUCAGAAUUUUGCCUUUGGAACUAUAUUAGACUAAUUGUGCCAUCCAGUCUUUUGUUUGUGACUUAAUAGUGGGUGAGGAACAAUGACGCGAUAUUACUAAAUAUUAUUUUUUUAUUGCUGUACUGUAUGGUCAGGCAUAGUGAAGUUUAGCAUAAUGAGCCAUUAUUCACGAUCUUUAGACUGCCUUUUCCCUCACGGACGUGCUCUGUUUUUAGUUUUCCUGACUGCCGAUGAACAAUGAUCUACAUACCCGAACAGUGACUUUGAUGUUUCCAUCCAGUCUUUUAUUUUCUUUGUGUCUGAAGAGAGGAAGUGAAAAGUGUUGGGCAGGAAAAGAGACUGAAUUCACGAGUGAACAUCCUUGUGAGGCCCCCGUUUCCUCUCCUGAAACGUGAGCAACUACCAGGCCUUGUAUUUAUUUUUCCUUUUUUAUGAUGUUCUUACAAGAUUCAAUAUUUGCACAAUUGUUUUCCUGUGUCUUUACUUGAAUGCGAGCAAUGGGUGUAUUUGAGAAAUAAAAACACCUUGUAGGAUGGCAUUUUUAUUUAUUGCUGGUCAUUUUUUCCAUGACAUGCAGCUUGAGUUGGCUUGAAGUAUUGCCAGCAUUGCAUUGUUUGUACUGAUGAUCGCAUGAAGUCUGUGCUGUAAACAGCAAUGGAAAGUUUCAGUUUCACUUCCAAAAUACAAAAAAUACCAACUCAAAACAAAACUGACCAAACAGAAGCAGUUCAAAACCCUGGUGGUAUUCACAGAAUUGUGUGUACGAAUGUAUGAAUAUUACUGUAAAUAGAAUAAUUACAAUAAAGCUAUACUCACAGUU